GAUUAUGGGCCUUUAUCAUAUCAUAGAGAAGAUAACCAGAGAGACCCUGCCAGCUGUUCUGAAGAGCACUGCAGCACACAUGAUGUUGCCUCCGGAAUGUAGUGACCUGUUAAUGGAAGAGUACAUGGGGAACACUCAGGACCCAGAGAUCCUCCAAACACAGUUCAGAGAGAUGAUGGGGGACUUCAUGUUUGUGAUCCCUGCUCUCCAAGUGGCACAUUUCCAGAGUUCCCACGCUCCUGUGUAUUUCUAUGAGUUCCAGCAUCUGCCCAGCUUCAUGAAGCAUGCCAGGCCAUCCCAUGUGAAGGCAGACCAUGGUGAUGAAAUUCUGUUUAUCUUUGGCUCCUAUAUGUGUGGCAUGAAUUUUGAUGUCACUAAGGAAGAAGAGCUGUUAAAAAGGAGGAUGAUGAAGUACUGGACCAACUUUGCAAGAAAUGGGAACCCCAACAGCGAUGAUCUACCCUACUGGCCUGUGUUGGAUCAUGAUGAGCAGUAUCUGCAGCUGAACACCCAGCCUGCUGUGGGCCGAGCCCUGAAGGCCAGAAGGCUACAGUUCUGGACCAAGACUCUGCCCCAGAAGAUCCAGGAGCUAAAGGGUUCUCAGGACAAGCAUGCAGAGCUAUAGCAUCCUGUGUCAGGAAAGGUGUGUGAGGUUCAAAGGAGAUGGGGUAAUUCUGAAGUUACAAAGUCCAUUGAUCUAUAAUCAUUUGUUCCAACAAGAACAUAAGCAUUUCUAACCUCAGCAUUUGCUCUUUCAGACAUGCAUGAAAACAACUCUGUAUAUUAUUCAUUAUCAUUCUGAACAAACUUUCAGUAGUCAAUAAAAGCUCUAAUAACAGUG